CCCAAGGCAAAAGCCUUCUUACAUACGAAGUCUAUGGCAUCCCCUUCUACUUAACCACCAAGGAAGAGCUCCACAUAUUAAGAAACCUGUACUUGGGUUGCUUCAUUCUUCGCUCUCUCUCGAAGCUAAGUGAUCAGUUCAGCAGAAGCUGGCAAUUCCAUUUGCAUACUCUACACAGAGAAAACAACAGAGCAGAGGUAAGAAUGGGAGCUGAUUGGGGACCGGUAGUGGUGGCGGUGGCUUUGUUCAUCGUCUUAUCGCCGGGGCUGCUGUUCCAGUUGCCGGCGAGGCAUAGGGUGGUGGAGUUCGGAAGCUUGGGUACCAGUGGAAUUUCCAUUCUGGUUCAUGCCAUCAUUUACUUCGUUGUGCUCACCAUCUUAGUUAUCGCUAUUGGAAUUCACAUACGCGUUAAUUAAUCACCCACCUCUCUCUUUUAUUUCUUAUUUUUCAUCUUUUUCUCUUCACUCUUGAGUUUUCUGAUCUGAGACCGGGUUCCCUGCUUGACGCUGUCCUUUUGACACUAUCUUCAAACCUCUUUCUGCUUGAUUGCCAUCUGCAGCCAAGUUUCCCUUGAGGUGGCAGUUUUAAGGCUCUUUCGGGCUUUCCAAGUUCCCACACAUAAUAGGUUGCCAAAGAAAUGUUGUGAAAGUCGAGCUGGCUUUGUGAUAUUAUCUGGCGAUGGGAUAGAAAUAUACUUGUUUUUUUUCCCCAGAUUUACCUGUAAUUCGAAUUUGGCCACAAAUAAUCUGAUAAUGUUACGUUCAAGAUUUAUAACUUUAUAUCAUCAACAUGAAACGAGCAAGAAUCUAUGGUGCCAUGCUCCUUGGUUCGAGUGAUUUAGUUGGUGCGAUUCGUGUUGAAAUAAUUUGAAAUCGUACUCGAUAAUCUAAAACAAGGCACAGUCCUCGUGUUUCAGCUUUUAUUCUUAUUA